AUGCCACCAAAGGCGGCUCGUGCUGGCGCCCGCAAGGCGGAGAAGGCCCCGCCCCCGUGUGACCCCGUCGCCGAGCUCGGCAGCCUCGAGUCGAUCCACGACGCCCUGGUAAAGGCGCAGGAGCUUCGGAACUACUUCCAGGUGGAGCGCGACAAGGUAAACGAGUUUUGGUCGGUGACGAAGAAGGACGUGGAAAACGCCCGCCACGCCCUCCUCAACGCCGACGCGGAGCUGGAGGAGAUGACGCGCGCGCACCAGGUGGAGAUGAAGGUGUACAAGCAGAAGGUGCGGCACCUGCUGUACGAGCACAAGAUGAAGGUGAAGCUGUGCAAGGAGGAGAGCGACCGCCUGCUGCGGGAGGCGGAGGAGCGGCACCACAAGCGCAUGAAUGACAUCCACGCCCAGCUGCAGCAGCGCGGCCGCGAGUUUGAGGCGGCGGCGGAGGGUCACGAAGUGAAGAUCGAGGAGCAACGUGACUCCCACAACUACAUGUUGACCGUCACGAAGAAGCAGAAGCACGAGAAGGAUCUAGCGCGCCAGCAGGCGGCCUACGAAGCGAAGCUGAAGGCCUUGCGGGACGAAUUGGAGCUGCGGCGCCGGGCCGAGAUUCACGAGAUCGAGGAGCGCAAGAAUGAGCACAUCAAUGCCCUGAUCAAGCAACACGAGACAAAGUUUCACGAGAUGAAGGAGUACUACAACCAAAUCACGACCAACAACCUGGAGAUCAUUCAGUCCCUCAAGGAGGAGAUUGCUCAAAUGAAGAAAAACGACGAACAUAACGAGACGCUCAUGUACGAUAUUGAUCGUGAGAAUCAGAACUUAGUGGCCCCGCUGGAAGAGGCGCAGCGGGAGGUGGCAGAGCUGCAGCAGAAGCGAAGGCAGUACGAGCAGGACAAACGCAGUCUUGGCACGACCCGGGCAAAGCUUCGCUCGCUGCGGGAGGAAAUUUGGCGCCUGCGCAAGGAGCACAAGGCCCUCGAGGAGCGCUACGCCACCGUCCACGAGGAGCGGGAGGAGCUCAAGGCGAAGUUUGAGUCCGCGCUGCGAAAGGCAAUGGAGGUUGUGGAGGAGCGCAAUGAGGUGCUGCAGCAGAAAUUGAUCGAGUCCCACGCACUUGUGGAGGAGCGGGACGCACAGCUUGAUGGGGUGCUUCGGGCGAUGAAUCUGGAGCCCACGGCCUUGGAGCUCAUUGCGUCCGAGGUGGAUCGCACUUUAAGUGAGAAGAAUCAGAUGAUCAAGGAUCUUCACUUUGAACUGAAGAAGGGGGAGAGGGAGUUCAACGCGACACUGGUUGAGUUGGAGAGGCGCUGUCAGGCAGUGAAUAUCCCGCCACUUUUCCGGGAACAAUUUCUUGCGCCAAGCUGA